AUGCAGGAAAAUAUUGACAAAUCUGACCCAACAUAUCCACCAGUUGUUUCAAAUUUGCCAAAUGCAGCGGACUUCAGGAAUAGAGUCGACUUGUUAAGUGCCGAGGCGGCGAAUUUUUGAGGCCCCCUUAUACCUUCCACAACUACAAGGCCCCAAUCUUUCGGAAGUCCAUUUUCCCUACCUACAGAGCAUUCACCAUCAAGCUCACCAACAGGUUCUCAUCUUCAGAAUGAAGAACGCAAAGUCGAAAAUAGUGUAGAAGUUGCAUGCGCGAAUUCCAAGGAUCCUAAGCGCAAUCGGACGUCAUUCUUGACGCAACAAAGCGAAAUUCUGGAAAGAGCCUUUCAAUCUGAGCGUUAUAUUACGAAGACACAGAGGGUCCAAUUGGCCCAACAAUUAGACCUCCCGGAAAACACAAUCAAGGUUUGGUUUCAAAAUCGACGCAUGAAAGAAAGGCGAAAGUCAAUGAUGCUUCCCAGUAAUAUCGUAAACAACCCAUGGGCACGAGAAAGGCUGAUGGAAUAUGCAAAUGAACUAUGCCAGAUGCGCGAAUAUAGGAAUUAUGCAGAAAUACCCGAAACCUCCUCUUCUUCGAGCACGCAACCGUCUUGUGAUGUUUCGACAUUCACCGCAAAUUCGACUUUUUCCGUCGAAAGCUUUUAUUCCCCGGAUUUCAAACCCACCGACAACUAA